AUGUGGACUCCGACAAAGAAUAAAAAGUAUGGUGUGGGCUGGUAUCGUGGUUUUUCUACAAGGAAUAAAGCAGUAAAGGGAAUUUUUCCGGCAUCUUUCAUCCAUUUAAAAGCUUUCAGGAUUGAGAAUGAAGGAUUGUAUGAAACUGUCACUCCUGUGGAUGACACCUCGGUACGAGAAGUAGCCUGCGUCCUGAGAGAAUGGCACGUGAUAUGGAAGAGACUUUACGUGAGGCGAGAACUGACGCUGGUGUCACAGCUGCAGGGGGUUAUGUGGGACUUGAUGGAGUGGCGAAGACAGAUAAUAGGAGGCACUCUUACCCAAGACCAGAUAAGGGAGCUUAAGAUAAAAAUCACUGCCAAAAUUGACUGGGGAAAUAGACAACUAGGACUGGAUCUUGUGCCCAGAGUUGAUGGUGAAAUGGUUGAUACUGAAACAUUAAGUCCAGUGGAGCUGUAUCAAGUGCAUCUCCAAAGCUCAGAAAAUGUGUCAGGACCUUUAGGAAGAGGGACCAAUAAGAAAAAAGAAUCCAAACGUGCCCUAACUCAUCAUAUUUUUAUGCACUUGAGGGAUUUUGGAUAUUCUGUAGGAGAAGAUUUGGAAAUCUAUUGUUCACUUUAUGAUACUCAGCAGGCUGAGUUUAUCAGUGAAAGAUUUCUAAUCAAGCUUGCCAAAUAUGGACAGUCCAAUCACUGUACAUUAUUUACGGACUUAGGGAAUGCAGAUUUAAAUAGAGAUAUGUACAUAGUUGUUCAGGUUGUGAGAAUAGGUCGAAUGUUGAGUGACACAAAGAAGUCAGUUGGUCAGAUGUACAAGAGGCCAUUUGGAUGUGGAGUUUUGAGUAUCUGUGAUGUUUUGCUGGAAAAACAGGAAAAUACAGUAGAGGAAGAGAGGGAAUUUACCUUCAAACUUAACACUUGUAAUGAGUCGGAUUUUCAUCAGCUUCAUGAAUUCAUCAUCAGAAAACAAAGCAACAAAUAUAGUAUGGUUUCUGGACAACACAACUAUGGGUUGAUACUGUCAUUGAGAGUCCUUCAUGGUGACCUUAGUCAACUUCACCAAGAAAAUCCUCUGUUUUUCAGGAACCUAGUCAUCACUUAUAAACGUGGUUUUUCAGAUGUGAUAAUGCCAGGAGAUGUAAGAAAUGAUAUAUAUCUGAAACUUGAGAAAGCAGAGUUUGAAAGAGGAGGAAAAUCGACAGGAAAAAACAUUGAGGCGACUGUAAUUUUAGUUGGUGCUGACGGGAAGUUUCUUGAGAAAAGUAUUAGUCCAGGUGCUGGCCACGAGAAUGUUACUGAGUAUCAGUCUCUAGUUUUAUAUCACAAUAACAGUCCUCGUUGGGCAGACAAUAUUAAGGAAGUGACAGCUGAAAGACUCAGAAGAUUAAACACACAUAUAACAUUUGGAUUAUUCGUGGUUGGCCGUGAUGAGUCUGACAUAAUUGUGUCUUGUAGAAGAGAUCUCCUUGCUCUCCUUAAAUGGAAAGCUCAUCCUGAGAGAAUUCAAGACACCUUGUGGAAGGUGAUGAAACUAAAUGGUGAGGAGAUUGUCAAGUUUUUGCAGGAUAUCCUUGAUGCACUGUUCUCCAUGUUUUCUACCAUUGACGGCAAUGCAACAACUCACUCAGGCUUGGUAUUCAAAGUCCUUGUUCACAUACUUAGUCUUCUAGAAGAUAGUAAGUUUCAACACUUCAAACCAGUCAUUCAUGCUUACAUCACGGACCAUUUUGCAGCUGCUCUUGUUUAUAAAGGAUUGUUAACAUGUGUGAAGAAUUCGGCAGAACUGGUACGAGAUAGUGAAAAGCAAGAGGCUAUUCAAAAAUGUUUUCGAUCCUUCGACUAUAUCGUCAAGUUUAUCAUACAGUCUAGAAAGCUGUUUGCAAGAGCAACUGGCAACCAGAAUGAGGAAGGAUUUAAAGAAGAUUUGGAAGCACUGUUCAGUUCAUUCAGAUACAUGUUAGGUUUCAGCAACAUUCAAGGAAUCUUGACAACUAAGGUGGCUCUAGUCAACAGUCUUAGUUCAGUGUUUGAGCAGCUACUAGAAGUUCUUAGUGUGCAGGAAGUUACUUUCCUUAUUAAAGAGACUGUUGGGCAACUACCUGGUGAUCUUUCUAUUCCUCUGGUUCAGGCUAAAUUGAAGUGUUUACAUUGUAUUGUAAAGUCUCCUAUUUUUCUGAAACAAAAAUGUCGACAGGAAUUGUUGGAAGUCUUGGCAUGGCACCUUCAGGACCACAUGUCGCACCAACAAGAGCUACGCCUUUGUUCUGACAUGUUGGGAGAGAUCUUGAAAGUUUUAUACUGGGAGAAGGACCAGCAGCAACAGAAUCGACCUCUUAGUAGAAGCAGUGCCUUAAGUUUCUCUGACCAUUCAGUUACUCAGGAUGUUGACAUUCUAGUUAUGAGAAUCUUAGAAACCCUCAUUCGUAGUGUGAGGGACAUUGACAGGACAUCCACUGUUGCCGGUCCCUUAGUUGCAAACCUUGUCGCUUUGCUUCGUCUCAUGGACGAACAACAUUACUCCCAUUUAUGGGAGAAGUUUGGCGACAGGCACCAGAUCAGUGAUCGUAGAGAGUUGAAAGAUUUUUUGAUGCAAGUUUUUAUUGUGUUUCGUGAACUUCUAAAGCAGGAUAUUUUUCCUCGAGAUUGGGUCGUUAUGAAGAUGGUCGCUAAUCAUGUCAUUCUUUGUGCAUUACAAGAAUUUGCUCAACCAUUGACAAUUGACUUUUUGGAGACUGGAUCUUUCGAUGCUCAGCUUUGGAGUAACUACUUUACCCUGGCUGUGGCCUUUCUCACUCAACCAUCACUGCAGCUGGAAACCUUCUUGGAGGUCAAACGAGACAAGAUUCUGGGGAAAUAUGGAGACAUGCGGGUAUUAAUGGGUUUUCAAAUACUUUCCAUGUGGGAUAAAUUAGGAGACCAUAAAGUGUUCUUCAUCCCUGCCAUGGUUGGACCAUUUUUGGAAGUAACACUUGUUCCAGAAAUGGAGUUAAGAAAAGCUACCUUACCUAUUUUCUUUGAUAUGAUGGAAUGUGAACAGAAAACCCGGGGAAACUUUAAACAGGUGGAAUCUGAGCUGAUAGAUAAAUUAGACAUUCUAGUCAGUGAAAACAAAGGAGACGAUGAAUACAGACAGCUGUUUAACACUAUGGAACAUUUGAGUGCCGUUCUCUUGGAGAAGGUCCGUUCAAAUGACCCAGUAUGGAGAAAGAAUGGCAUUGCUUUCAUCAAUUCAAUCACCAGACUCCUGGAGAGGCUUUUGGAUUACAGGUAA